CCACUCUCUCUCUCUCUCUCUCCCGUGCUUCUGUUCUUUCUCUCUCUAAAUUCUACGGCGUUUUGGAGAGGAACGAGGAGGAGGAGAUCGAGAGCUCGUUGAUUCGUUGAUUUGGGUAAUCUCUCUAUGUUUCCAAGAAAUGCAGUGUAAAGAUUGCCUCUGAUCGCGACUGCUAGAAUAUGGAAGCCUGCGACUGCAUUGAGCCACAGUGGUCUGCAGAUGACAUUCUAUUAAAGUAUCAGUACAUAUCUGACUUUUUCAUUGCUUUCGCGUACUUCUCUAUACCAUUAGAGCUCAUCUACUUCGUGAAGAAGUCCUCCUUUCCUUACCGAUGGGUCCUAAUACAAUUUGGCGUCUUCAUCGUUCUUUGUGGCGCGACCCACUUAAUAAAUUUUUGGACUUUCACCAUGCACUCAAAAACACUAGCUUUACUAAUGACGGUUGCUAAAGUCUCGACGGCUGUAGUCUCGUGCGCCACAGCCCUGAUGCUAGUCCACAUUAUUCCCGACUUGCUAAGUGUGAAAACUAGAGAGCUUUUCUUAAAGAACAAGGCGGAGGAGCUCGAUCGGGCAAUGGGAAUUAUACGCACGCAAGAGGAGGCGGGAAGGCACGUACGGAUGCUCACGCACGAAAUCCGGAGCACUCUCGACAGGCAUACCAUUUUGAAGACGACGCUUGUCGAGCUCGGAAGGACUUUGGAUUUAGCGGAGUGUGCUUUGUGGAUGCCUUCGCGUUCGGGGUCGAAUCUUCAACUGUCUCAUACGCUGUACCACCAAGUACCGCGUGGGUCUAUUGUGUCGAUAAAUCUUCCUAUUGUGAAUCAAGUAUUUAGUAGUAAUCAGGCAGUAAGGAUUCCGCACGCAUGUCCAUUAGCAAGGAUCCACCCCUACAUGGGUAGGUAUGUGCCUCCCGAGGUGGUUGCUGUGCGGGAGCCGCUCUUGCAUCUUUCGAAUUUCCAAAUGAAUGAUUGCCCUGAGUUGUCUUCGAAGAGCUAUGCAGUGAUGGUUUUGAUGCUUCCCCCAGAUAGCGCGCGCAAAUGGCACGUUCAUGAGUUGGAGCUUGUUGAGGUGGUUGCAGAUCAGGUAGCAGUGGCACUUUCUCAUGCUGCCAUUCUGGAAGAGUCGUUGCGAGCUCGUGAUCUACUCAUGGAGCAAAAUGUGGCCCUAGACUUAGCUCGUCGGAAGGCGGAAAUGGCCAUCCGCGCCCGAAACAAUUUGCUCGCUGUCAUGAACCACGAAAUGCGGACGCCUAUGCAUGCGGUCAUUUCUCUCUUAUCUCUUCUCCUUGAAACUGAGCUAACUCCGGAAAAGCGGUUGAUGGUAGAAACAGUCUUAACAAGUAGCAACCUUCUCGCCACCCUCAUUAAUGAUGUUUUGGACCUUUCCAAGCUCGAGGAUGGUAGCCUCGAAUUAGACAUCGCACCUUUCAAUCUGCAUGCUGUUUUGAGAGAUGUAAUUAAUGUGAUUAAACCGAUAGCGUCCGUAAAAAAUCUACAGAUGCAGGUCACUUUGGCACCAGACCUGCCUCUAUGUGCUGUUGGUGACGAAAAAAGGCUUAUGCAGACUGUACUAAAUGUUGCUGCGAAUGCCGUAAAGUAUACGAAGGAUGGUCACCUAUCGAUUACAGCAUCUAUUGGGAAGCCAGAGCUUUUCAGGGAUCCUCGGGCUCCCAAUUUCUGUCCUGUUUCCGGCGACGGGAACUUCUACUUGCAUGUGCAGCCAUUGAAGAUGAUGAAUUUACGGGCAAAUUGCACCACUAAUCCCCGAGCUUCGGUCAAGCUUCAUUUUGGUUUUCGAACUUUCGAUUUAAAUGUAAAAGAUACUGGUUGUGGUAUUAAUUCUCAAGACCUACCUCACCUCUUUACCAAAUUUGCGCAUACUCAGAAUGGAGCAAACAAGGGUUAUAGUGGCUGUGGACUUGGACUUGCCAUUUGCAAGAGGUUUGUUAGUCUUAUGGGAGGACAAAUCUGGCUCGAGAGCGAAGGCAUAGGAAAGGGAUGUACUGCUUCAUUCAUAGUAAAACUCGGGGUUUGCGAAGACCCAAACGGCGAUCUCCGACGAAUUCCUAUACCUUCCGAGAGUGCCUCCGAUCGAAAAGAAUGUGUUAAUUCCUUCUGAGCUGCGAUAUGCAAGAAGUGUACAGAUCAUGCCAGGAAAGAAAACCAAACCAACCAACCUAUUGAUAUUGGAAAACCAAGAAGAUUCUUCUAUUGAUAUUGGAAGAAGCCCCAUCAAACAUAAAUUAUUUCUUUUUCCUAUAGCCAGUAAUGCACCUUCGAUUGCGAAAUAUCAAUUAUUUGUUGCGUAUUGUGAACCAGUGAAUGCAGGAUAUUCCAAAUUCAGGUGUCAAAGAGUUUCAUAAGACAUUCUUAGUGGAAAUAAAUGCAAGUGAAGAGAUCCUGCUGAAUUGAAUUUGA